AUGGGAGACGCAGCAGACGAAACCGAGACCGACGAGCCGGACGACCUGCCCGAGGCUCAAGGCCCAGCAGUAACGGUUGCCCACGCGGCAGAGAGACUUAUCGCCAACCAGAUGGAAGCACAACAGGCAAAGCUGGCCGUCUUCCGCGCAUUCUGCACCGCCUUCGACAAGACGGCUGCCCAGUUCAACUCGGGCCACGCGCUCAGCUUCGCGAAGGAAUUCUCGCGCGGCUUCAUUAGCUACUGGGACGACGCGCUCAACGGCGCGCCCACACGCGCCGGGACAGAACGCAUGCCACAGAUCGCCCGGGUUAAGACUGGAUGGGCUAUACGGGCCUCAGACCGGGAGGCGAGGGACCUGCUUGUGGAACGGCAGGACGACUGGGCGGCCCGCCUCGGGGCCGUGGCGGUUGAAGGCUUCAGAAAUGGCACACAGAUCAAGCUCCAGACAGGUGCCGAACCAAUUGAUGUGCACAUUGCUAAGAGAUACUCCGAAAGCUCCGACCAGCCCACUGUGACAAUGAUUGUGUCCUUUCAGGCGGCGAUACAGAGGAGAUGGCGGCUCUUCGGCACCAGCCGACUAGCCCGACUGAUCGCCAAGACCGCCCGGCCCGCGCAGUGCGACACCUGUUGGGAUUAUCACUCCCGCUACGCCUGCGACCGAAAACAAGCCUGCCGACGAUGCGGCGGGAAAGACCAUCGCGAUAACGACUGCAAGCAGCCGGAGAGGAGGACGAUCCGAGUUCUCCAGGCCAACGUGGCCAAAAUAGGGGCCUAUCAUAGCAUAGCCCUACGACUAGCGGAAGCAGAAGACUACGACGUCGUGCUCAUCCAGGAACCGAACGUUUGGAUAGAAAAGAAGGCGGAGCCUGCAGGACCCAGACGCACCGCUCCUUCCACGCAUUCGCCCCAGAACGCGCCUGGGAACCGGAUCAGGCCCGAGAGUGAUCUCCACCUUAUUAUCAACUUCUAUCGACACGCGAAGACACCCGAGCCACUCGACUACCUCCUCCACCAGCAGGACGUCCCCGAGAGAUGCCUCAUCGCGGGCGACUUCAACGCCUGUCAUUUCUCCUGGCAGCCUGGAGCCCGGAGUGCGAGGAACGGAAAGGACAUCGCCCAGUGGGCGGCCGACAAGGGGCUCGGACUGCUCACCACGCCAGGCGAGGCCACACACGCCCGCGGAAAUACCAUUGAUCUAGCCUUUGCCAAUAUCCUCUGCUGA